AUGUCGCGCACUAUUGCAUAUCGCGGACAUAGUCAUUCAGCUCGCGAAUACAGUCAUUCAGCUCAACCAAGAAACAUGUCGGAUGAUUUGACUGAAGCAAGUUCUACCGGUCAUCUUGCAACCGAUUCUAGCAAUCCUUCUAUAUCGAAUUCAUCAUUGCUUCAUUCUUUACCUGAUUCUCAACGAGAGUCACUAGCCUCGAUGAGCAAUACAGUUCCGACUUUAUCGAAUAUAGCUUAUCCACAGGGAAUCUGCCAACUUUUUGAUGAUUUACACCAAAGAUCGACUGUUACUUAUUCACCCAUCACUGCUAGAAAAGUUGUGAUGCCAUCAACGGAAGUUUUUCAUCCCGAUCCUCACUGUACACCUCACAAAUCCCUUUGCCACCACUAG